AUGCUCCGACAGCUCACAGUUAUGGACUUCUACGCUUUUCCGUAAAGUUUAGCAGGGCCUAGGGUUAAGGUAGAGAAGAGCUUGAGCUUAGGGAGGACUUACCUUGCAGGUUUACGCCGGAGCUUACUGGUGCGCUUCUUCACGUCAGUAAGUACAUUCCUUCUUCUAAUCCUUAAAAGAUUUUUACUGUCUUUUUCGUGCCGCGCAUCAAGAUCGACGUCUUUCCGCCGCCAGAUAAUGUCAACAACAUCAAGCUGGCGCGACAAUCUAUCCUCCGACACAGACUCUACAAGUUUAUCCCGAUGCUUACCGCAGGCAUCGGACCCCUUGUCGACUUAAGACCAAUGACUAUUCUCGUAAUUAUAGGAAGUGAGUAGUUGUUCUGGUUCAUCACGCACAUGAAAGAGUUAAUUGAUGUAACAGUGAGUCGCGAAGUAUAAGCUUUCGUCUUUGUGCUUGAUGCUUCUUCCCGCCGUCCUCUAACAUUCGAGAUGAGCAGCUACAUCAUUCGCCGCAAGCUGCAAAAGAAGAAUGAAGAAGCCGAGGCUCUAAGCACUGGCGUCGGACAGCUACGCAAGGCUCUCAAGGAUGAAACAGUCCGAGAAGUUUUGGGGAGUUGUUACAUCUGUUAUGUAUUUAGGAUGUUUUCUAGUAUGAAAAGCGUCACUUAAUCCAUAUAUCCGCGGUGCAGCAUGCUGGUCGAUUUGUUCCAUUCAUGAUCUUGCUUGGGCUCCGCAUAAUCUAACUACUUUUCACUGUUCUUGUGGUCGUCGUUUUGUCUCUAAUAGCCUCCAUUCCGAUGAUGAUGAUGAUAAUCGUAACCAGCAGGUCAACCGAGCAGGACGAGGCGCGGUCCGCAAUGUAGCGGUCGUGGAAGAUGAGUAGGCAUUUUCUCCAGUACUUAAGAAAACAAAAAGAAAGAAGAGAAAGAAAAGAAGACUGAAACUAUUACAGAAGAUCUAUCUUGAGUGAAUUACUAAAAGAUGAGAGGGCGUGGGAUCUAACCACACAGACCAGAAUAAAAUAGAAGUGCCUACCCUUUAAAACUAAGCGCGCAGCGCGGUAAGUGAUCCAAUGCUCGUGAUGAUCUUGCUGCUUGAAAUUAUAACUCUCAUACUCGUGCGAUCUAUUACAGUUUCAAUAUAUGAGGGCGGUGAAGCAGCUAAAUACUAACUGCAUUGAUGUGAAGACUUUUCUUGUUGUUGAAUCUAAAUCAGUAGAAGUAGAGUGUUAACCUCAAUCACGAGCAAGGUCAAAAAAUCACAACGAUAGCAACACUUAACGUCGUCAGUUAUUAUGUCCGCACAUUUCGGGCCUUCUGCUUUCAAGUAUAGAUGUGCACUCUCAUGAUAAUCUGUACUAGAAGGAGGAGUGGUGACGCGAGUACUCUGGAUUUAGUGAUUAAGCAAUCAGAUAAGUAGGUAGGAAGGUUAACCGUCUCCCCUUGUUCUCAAAUUGAUAAAGUUAAAGGUGUGGAAUUCAAAAAACGACAGUAGACUUUUUCUUACCCACUGUUUUGAGUAGUCUUGUAUAUUGGCAAUGAUGUUGCGGACUCACCCUUUGACUUUUUCUGCCUCUCAAAUGUUCCCUCUUCUUCCUCGAGUUCAUCAUGAAAAAUUUUAGACAACUUCAGUCGUUCCCUCCAACGACAUGAAUUCAACAACUACUCGAAGGCCUCUUCCUCUUAUGAUUCGCAAAUCUUCAAUUCUCAGACUUCUGCUCUGUGUACGAUCCGCACGACGAAAUCGAGAAUGGAAAAAAAAAUGGGUGUUCAUGCGUGGUUUUAUCACGAACACAAGCGAGCAGGUGCGAAGUUGCUGAGGAUUUUACUAAGCGAAGUAAUUUCAGUACGUGUGUGAGACUUCCUCUACUGUUGAGGGACGACGAAUUUUUGAGAAAGAAUUGCUCUGGUGCGUUUGAGUUUAUGCUUCUUUGUGGUGAGAGCGUGGCUAUUUCAUAUAACAAGACCAGAGACGUAAGGUCAACAAAAUUAUGGCCACUGUUUUAUCACGAAUCUCAACCAGACUAAAUCUCAGUGAGUGAAAUGAUUACUACGCCCGACGUUGCUUAUAAUAAUCACCAAUGAAGGAUUUCCAAUGAUGGGCGUCGCCUAUAAUUUAGCUUUUUCGUUUAUUACGAAUAUUCUUGUGCGCUGGCUUUCUUCAAGUCACCACUUCACUGACCACGGCUCUGAAAAUCUCGACUCUUUUCUCUUCAAAAGUUUGAUUGUAAUGCGUUCUGAAAUUAUGAUGGUAAAGCAUGUAUGACCCUACUCCAAAUUAUAA